GUUAGGUAAAAGCAAGAAGCUCGGCAAAAUUAAAGUAGACGUAGUAAAAAGCACACCGCGUCACUUCCCUAUAUAACGGCAACAAAAUUUGCAUGAACCUAUAUUAGAGAGACCACUUACAAAAACAAAAACAAAACAAAAAAACAAGCAUAGACAAAAUAAAAUAAAAAAUGAAAACGGUUCAAGGUAACGACACGACAACACUAACAAUGGAGGUGGCAAGGGUACAAGCAAUAGCAUCAAUAUCAAAAUGCAUGGACACAAUCCCAUCGGAGUAUAUUCGUUCAGAGAACGAACAACCUGCAGCCACAACGCUGCAUGGAGUGGUUCUUCAGGUGCCAGUCAUCGACAUAAGCGACGUUGAUGAGGAAAAAGUAGUGAAAAUGAUAGCAGAGGCUAGCAAAGAGUGGGGUAUUUUUCAAGUGAUAAAUCAUGGUAUUCCUGAUGAGGUGAUUGCAAAUUUACAAAAAGUUGGGAAGGAUUUUUUUGAGGAAGUGCCACAAGAGGAAAAAGAGCUGAUUGCAAAGAAUCCAGGGUCACAGAGUAUUGAAGGGUAUGGGACUUCUUUGCAAAAAGAAGUUGAAGGGAAAAAAGGUUGGGUUGAUCACUUGUUUCACAAGAUUUGGCCUCCUUCUGAAAUCAAUUACCGUUAUUGGCCUAAAAACCCUCCUUCCUACAGGGAAGCAAAUGAGGAAUACGCAAAGAGGCUGAGAGAAGUAUCAGACAGGAUCUUUAAGAGCUUGUCACUUGGGCUUGGGUUGGAAGCCCAUGAAAUGAAGGAGGCAGCUGGUGGUGAAGACAUAGUUCACUUGUUGAAGAUCAAUUAUUACCCACCAUGUCCCAGGCCUGAUUUGGCUCUUGGUGUUGUGGCCCAUACAGAUAUGUCUCACAUCACCAUUCUUGUCCCAAAUGAAGUCCAAGGCCUCCAAGUGUUUAAGGAUGACCAUUGGUAUGAUGUCAAGUACAUACCAAAUGCCCUGAUUGUCCACAUUGGUGACCAAGUUGAGAUUCUGAGCAAUGGGAAAUAUAAGGGUGUGUACCAUAGGACAACAGUGAACAAGGACAAGACAAGAAUGUCAUGGCCUGUAUUCUUGGAGCCCCCAUCAGAGCAUGAAGUUGGGCCAAUCCCUAAGCUGAUUAAUGAGGCCAACCCAUCCAAAUUCAAGACGAAGAAGUACAAGGAUUAUGUCUAUUGUAAGCUCAACAAGCUUCCUCAGUGAUGAAUUAUGUAUCCCAGUGAUAAUUAGCUAGUAACUUCAUCAGUAUUACGAUUUGUAGUACUAUUCUUAUCAAAACAUAUCUUAUUACACUUGAGGACUUGAUGUUUAAAUUUUUUUAAGAUGUUCGAUAUUAGCUAAUAAUUACGAUUACAUAUUAAUACAUACAAAUAUUUGUUUUGCUUUUGGCCUA